UUGGAUCUAGUGUGUGUGGUAAUACUAUCGUUUCUUGAGUAACUACGAGUACCGAGUGCUUUGCAUUUAUCACCUCAAAUCCUUAAUAAAAUAUCCUGCUAGAUUGGUUUCAUACCCAUUUUAUUUGUUCAGAAAUGGAAGUUCUGAACAAAUGUGACUGGAACAAUGCUAACAUGUUAAGGUCGGAAUUUGAAUCCUGGUCUAAGGGCUCCAAGACCUACUCUGGCAAUUAGUUUGUCAUUUGUGACUUCAAGCCGUAGCAUCAAUGUUGAUGCUGGAGAAAACUAAAGGGUUAAGGUACCGACUCGAUACCAACCGACGAACUCAUCCAUUCACUCACUUCCCGAGCGCUCCAGGCGCAGCAUAUAUACGUCACACGGGGAGGGCGUGACUUCCGUCCUGCGCUGCGUAUUAGAUGGAAGUCGAGGCCCCGGUUGAGGCGUCGUGUUAUUGACCUACGCGAGGAACAUGUCGGUAGCUGAGGCCCGUCAUCUGAUUGUUCAGCUCGCCAGCGCUGCCCGUUUUCCCGUCUUCCAUUACAAGUACAAACUUUCGGGCCAAAGCGCGGGGCUAGACCACGACCUGUUCUCCCCGAAGCUGGCCAUUCUCUGGUCGCUUCUCUCUUCCGGAGGCUGUGUCAGCCGCCGGGAAGUGCUCCAGCGAGUAUCCCUCCCCGCUCUUUACGUUCUCGUUGAUGCCGCUUUCCCCUGGAAAACUGUGUGUUCCUUGUUUUAUUUCAUUCUUCCAUCCUUUCUGAGUAGGAGCAGGAAGCCUCUUCCCGCUGUCCUUGGCGGUGGUGCGACGCGCUGUAGAAGAAUUAGCGUAAAAAGGCAGUCACUCGGAGGAGUUCCUCCUUGGUCGCCUGUCCCUUGCGGACCCCGCUCCCGAUUUCUGCUAAGGACACCCCUGCCACAUGGGAGUCCAAGGGCUCUGGAAGCUGCUGGAGUGCUCCGGCCGGCAGAUCAGCCCGGAAACGCUGGAAGGGAAGAUUCUUGCAGUUGAUAUUAGCAUUUGGUUAAACCAAGCACUUAAAGGAGUCCGAGAUCGCCAUGGAGGCUCUGUAGAAAACGCUCAUCUUCUCACUUUGUUUCAUCGGCUCUGCAAACUCUUAUUUUUUCGAAUUCGUCCUAUUUUUGUUUUUGAUGGGGAUGCUCCGCUACUGAAGAAGCAGACUUUGGCUAAGAGAAGGCAGAGAAAGGAUUUGGCCAACAGUGACUCCCAGAAAACUACAGAGAAGCUCUUGAAAACAUUUUUGAAAAGACAGGCUAUUAAAACUGCCUUAAAAAGCAAAAGAGAUGAAGCGCUACCCAGCCUUACUCAAGUGCAAAGAGAAGAUGACAUCUAUGUUUUGCCACCUUUACAAGAGGAAGAAAAAAACAGGAUAUCUGCCAUGUUGAGUAGAAUUAGGCUUAUGAAGUGUAAAUUCUAUGUUGUCACAUUUUGCUCUUUACAGGAUGAGUUCUUUCAGAAUCCUCACGCAAUAGAUAUUGAAUCUGAAGACUUCAGCAGCCUGCCCCUGGAAGUAAAGCAUGAAAUCUUGACGGAUAUGAAAGAAUUUACCAAGCGAAGGAGAACAUUAUUUGAAAAAAUGCCAGAGGAGUCCGAUGACUUCUCACAGUAUCAACUCAAAGGCUUGCUUAAAAAAAACUACUUAAAUCAGCACAUAGAGAACAUACAAAAGGAAAUGAAUCAGCAACACUCAGGGCAAAUCCAAAGGCAAUAUGAAGACGAAGGGGGCUUUUUGAAGGAGGUGGAGUCCAGGAGAGUGGUCUCUGAAGACACUUCACAUUACAUCUUGAUAAAAGGUAUUCAAGCUAAGAAAACUGCAGAAGGAGAUUCAGAGUCUCUUCCUUCCUCCAGUAGAAUGCACAGCAUGUCUUUUGACGUGAAGUCACCUCCGUGUGAAAAACUGAAGCCAGAGAAAGAGACUGAUGCUAGCCCUCCUUCUCCGAGAACUCUAUUAGCUAUGCAAGCAGCCAUGCUGGGGAAUAACCCGGAAGAGGAGGUGGAGAGCGGGAGGAAAAGGCCGUACAACGAGAAGAAUGCAUCCGCUGCUGUAGAUGAUGGCUCUGUAUCACCAAGGACUCUCUUAGCUCUUCAGAAAGCUCUUGAUGACGAAGAAGAAGUGAAAGGGCAUGCUGGGAAUGAUGUGCAGACAGGAGGGCUGGGAGUGAAAAAACUGCCUACAAACAAUCCUGAUGAGGAAAGUGAUGAAGGACAUAGAGAUGAUGGAAAAGGAAGGCUGUUUACAGCUGUACCUCAUUCAGCCGGUGUGAACUUUGUAGAGGAGAGUGCAACCAGCACUAAUAGUGAAAAAGAGCUGACCGACUCAGCUGGUUUAUCAAGCGCUAUCUUUUGUCAAGGCAGUGAACCUAGUGUUCAAAAAGAACAAAUUUCAUUUAUUCACCCAGUGAGCGAAGGCCUUCAGACCAGUGAUGAUUCUAUGGAAAAGGAUGGAAAAAGUCCCAUUCCUCUACAGAGUACAGUGCUUAUGAGCAGUGAUGCACCUGGGCUCCAGAAUAGAAAAGCACGGAUACCAGCAUCCUCAACAAGCACAGUUGUUGUAUCGCAGGAUGAAACAUACCCUGAAGGUCUUGAGCUCCAAAACGAUCUCGGCACAUCUGAGAGUAAACGCGAUUCCUCUGUUCUUUCAAGUGAUGAUGAAAUGGAAGGUGGAGAGAAUCGUGCUUGUGAAAUCAGCGGCACUGUCUGUCUGCAAGGAACGGGUGGCACAGCGGUUGUCCCUUCAGAGACAUUAAAUAACUUAGAAAGUGUGGUGUUAUUUAGUGAUAAACAGCAUGAGAAUUUGCUGAAAACCAUCCAGGAAAGUGAGGUAACUGAAUCUGCAAGUCGGGAUGUGAUUUCCGUUCCCAAGUCCCUGGAACUGAGGGAAACUGACUCAGAAGACGGUGAAUCUGAUGGAAGUUUCAUUGAAGUGGACAGUGUAAUUAGUAAUGAUGAAAGCCAAGCUGAAUCCCUGGAAAGUUGGAAACCUUCCUCUGAACGAGGUGACCAGUCAGUUGCUGAGGAAGGCCUGGUAGAGACUGAGAUGGAAGGACCCCCUGGGGAUGCGGAGAGCCUCCUGAGAGACAGCUCUGAAAGCGAGGGCUUAGGGACUGAGCCACGUGGAGAAGCUGAAAAAGAUGCAGAUGAUUCGCUCAGUGAAUGGCAAGAUAUUAAUUUGGAAGAGCUGGAGACUCUGGAGAGCAGCCUUUUAGAACAGCAGAAUUCACUGAAAGCUCAAAAACAGCAGCAAGAACGGGCUGCUGCUACUGUAACAGGCCAGAUGUUCCUGGAAAGCCAGGAACUUCUUCGCCUGUUUGGCAUUCCCUAUAUCGAGGCGCCUAUGGAAGCAGAGGCACAAUGUGCCAUCCUGGACCUGACUGAUCAGACUUCCGGAACAAUCACUGAUGAUAGUGAUAUCUGGCUGUUUGGAGCACGGCACGUCUAUAAAAACUUCUUUAAUAAAAACAAGUUUGUAGAAUAUUACCAAUACGUGGACUUCCAUAACCAGUUAGGAUUGGAUCGGAACAAAUUAAUAAAUUUGGCCUAUUUGCUUGGAAGUGAUUAUACAGAAGGAAUACCAACUGUAGGUUGUGUAACAGCCAUGGAAAUUCUCAAUGAAUUCCCUGGACAUGGCCUGGAACCGCUUCUGAAAUUCUCACAGUGGUGGCAUGAAGCACAGGAUAAUAAGAAGAUAAGACCUAAUCCUUAUGACACCAAAGUGAAAAAAAAAUUACGGAAGUUGCAACUCACGCCUGGUUUCCCUAACCCAUCUGUGGCAGAAGCUUACCUCAAGCCCGUCGUGGAUGACUCAAGGGGAUCGUUUCUGUGGGGGAAACCUGACCUUGCAAAAAUUAGAGAAUUUUGUCAGCGGUAUUUUGGCUGGAGCAGAACUAAGACGGAUGAAUCUCUGUUUCCGGUAUUAAAGCAACUGAAUGCCCAGCAGACGCAGCUUCGAAUUGAUUCCUUCUUUCGAUUAGCUCAACAGGAGAGACAAGAUGCUAAGGGUAUUAAGAGCCAGAGACUCAGCAGAGCUGUCACAUGUAUGCUGAGGAAGGAACGGGAAGAAGAAGCCAGUGAAAUAGAAGCAGUUUCUGUUGCUAUGGAGAAAGAAUUUGAGUUACUUGAUAAGGUAAAAGGAAAAACCCAGAAGAGAAGUGUAGCAAAUAAAUUGAAAGAUUCAUCAAGCCUGAAAAGAAAGAGGCUUUCUGAUUCUAAACGAGAGAAUGAACGUGGUGGGUUUUUGGGGGAGGCCUACCUCUCAGAAUCCUCUGAUGCAUAUUCAGGCGAGGAUGCUGAAAGUUUAUCUUUAAUUAACAUCCGAAGGGGAAAAGCAGCUAAAGAGUCAAAAAUCAGCCCUUCAGAUUUGCAGAACACAGUGAAACACAGUCAUGUAAAGGAUGAAGGUGAGACUACCAGCAGCUCUAGUGAUGAUGAUGAAGAGAAAACAAAAGUAGUCCUGGUGACCGCCAGGUCUGUGUUUGGAAAGAAAAAGAGGAAACUGAGGAAUGCAGGAGGAAGGAAAAGGAAAACCUAAUGUAAGAAUAUCUAUUUUCUGUGCCUGUGUGUAUAUAUACAUGUAUUUCUGUAAUAUUGCCUAAUGAAUUUGCUGUGAGGAAAUAAUAAAAUUAAACAAAUUUGCACAGUCUUUGUAUUUGGUGUGUGGUUUUUAAAUAUAUGAGUGCUAAACUUUAUAAUUAUUUGUUUCCUAAUAUGUUACUUUUUCUGGUGUUUUCUAUUUCAUUGAUUAUUUCCUUACAUUCACAGGUGUUGUCUAUUCGUAUUUCCAACGUCUGAUGCUCUCUGACCAUAUUCGUUUUUUAAAGAAGGAUUUCUACUCAUCAGCACUCACUCUAAAUAUGCCUUCCUUCUGACUUUCAGACUUAGGAGGAAAAGUAUCCUUAUUUUUCAUACCACAGUAGUGGCAGUCCCACACAACUACAUAAAGGCCUGUAUCCUGCUGCUUCCUGUUUUCCCUCAGGCACCCGUUGAAAGAAUAACAAGAGGGAAUCUCACUACUGGAACAUAUUACAAGAAUAUGUUUUCUAUGGUUAUUGCAAAUAAUUAGAAAACCUAUAUAGGGAGCACUAACUGUAUGGGAACCUCUGUACCAUGAUGUUGGGCUUUUAAAAUACUUACGUUGUCAAAAGCUGACUUCUGUGUAAAUGGAUUUGGGGGCUCAGGUCUAUAAUUGAACUGGUAUAGGUUGGCCAGCUCUAGGAGUGGCUUCCAGGGAUUCAUUAUUGUUAACACAGAUGUUUCUUCAGCGUGGACCAGCUGAGGUUAUUUUAAGAUUGCUCCUGCUGAGACAUCUCACAGUAACAACACCCAAACUACUGGGUGCUUAGGUUAAGAACAAGCUGAUCAGCGACAAAAUGGAUUCAAGGCUGGUUUACAGUCUAUAAGACUCCUCUCAUUUUUUCCCAUUCCUAGAAGGUAGUUUUCCAGGGGUACCAACUAAUAGCCUGAGCGUUUCCCUCUUCGUUGGAGCUUUCUCUGAUUUUAGCUACUUAAUGCUUGGCAAAUUAGCCGCUUGUCCUGACAGCUUUAUCAGGAAAUGGCUUGAGUGAAAAGUCAGUGCUCAGCGUCAGGCUUGCUCCUCCGUCCCUUCUUCCUGUAUUCUCGGGCCCUCAAUUCCUGGCUGCCUUGACAGCCCCAAACACUAUUUGUCUCCCCUGUUCUAUGAGGUCGCCUAUGACGUUGCCUAAAGUUCUGCUGGCGCCCUUGAGUUGUGCUGUCUUUGGCUUCUCAGCUUCUUUCUCUACACACAUCAGCAAAUGCACAAGAUUUCUGGCGGCCGUGGCAGCUCUCUGAUGUCUUCUGUUAGGUGUGUGUGUUUGUGUGUGUGUGCACAUGUGUGUUUAAAAUCUGCUCUUCUAGUUGUCAGUAGAAGCAGAGGUCUGCUAUGGGCUGCUUAUGUCUGGAGGCGGAAGUCUCUGUACUUAAUAAACAGUUUAAUAUAACUGAAAGAAUCACUGUCAUCGUGUUGGUUAGGAUGAUCGAUUUAAGGAUUCUGUCUGUGAAGAAAUCCAACACUGAGGAUUGCAUAAUCUUUUAAAUAACUCCUUGAAAAAGACAGGUGAUUUUUAUUCAGCAAAUGACACUUUCUGCUUGUUCUAAAAAGAGCCAAGAAAGAGGCAAAUCCUCUGCCCUGAAUUAACUGCCUAUGAGUAAUACUUUGCAUUGGUUAGGAUUUUGAACUUUCCAGUGUUUUAACCUAAAGUAUUCAUUACACACAUGUAUACUGUGUGCCUUUUAUAUUCUUUUGUAGAUGAGGAAGCCAAGAAACAUACUAAGUAAAUGUGUUAAAACAAUAAGCUAAUUAUUGACAGGAAUAACUAAAAUCAGGCCCCAGACUCCUACUUCUGUCCAAUAUAUUAAUAAUGAUCUUGAUUCAACUUUAUAUAAAUCAUGGCAUAUAAGGUGUUUCUUAGAAGCAGUGCUCACCCUCCUCCUAGGUUUAAUUUUAUAAUGCUGCUUGAUUUUGUUACCCAUAAUAACUACUGGGGAUACCUUCAGUGACAAGAGAAACAAGUAUUCUGAGAGGCACAUAUAUGCUCAUGUGCACAUGGACAGAUAGUCAUCCAUCCUCAGUCUUCCUGUUCAGUCUGGAUAAGGAGAAGAUCACCUACUUUGAUUCCGGGGUCCAGCGCAAUGCUGCACACAUUCUCAAAUAUUCUGGUGCAGUUGUCUCAUUCAGAAAGUGAUUUUCACACCAAGACAAGUGACAUGAAAAAUCCACGGCCUCCAUUUGAUAGCACGCCACAGCCAUAGAGCCUUAGAAUAACUCUUGGCAUCAAAGUUAAAAAACUGGGUUACCUCCCCCAGAUAGUUUUCACUCACUCACAGGACUGGUUUAUAUUCACCUGCUAGCUCUUGCUCUGUUCUUAUCAUCAGACACUCACGUGGAAUAAUCCUACUGUUCUUCAGCCCUUUAUGGGCAUUCCAAAACUGCAUUGCUGUAUACCGAGGGCUCUGAAGCUGCAGCUGUCAGGAUUCUUAAUCCCUUCUGUGUGGACUUGUUGCCAGUGUGUUACAAUAGUAAACCGCUUGCUUUGUUGCUAUUCUUUCAGGCACUAUUAGAGGUCUCGCCAGGAAAACAAAAGUUGUGGAUGAUACCUUUUAACCUUCUAGAAACUCAGCCUUAUUUAGGUAUGUUCAGAUUUAACAUUUAACAAAUAUUGGACUUAUAGGCAAGCAUGUAUAAUAAAGACUGCUGUAUUUAGUGGGAGGAAUGCUAAAUAGGGAACAGAAUGUGUGACCACCUUUGCUGUUGUUUAGUAUGUGACCUCAGUGACUUAGCCUUCUUGUUUUCCUCCUUUGUAAACUGUAGGGAAAAUAAUUUGUCUUUUAACUAACUGAGGGAUACUGUAAGGAAAAAUGUAGUGACUAUGACAAGUGUUUUGAGAUCCUUGGAAGAAAGGAGUACUAUGUUAAUUCAUGAUAGUGUAAUUAUUAUUUAUUAUAGGACCCAAAAUUAAGAUGUAAACGUCAAAUUGUUAUUUUCCCCAGUUUGAAUAGCAACAUAUUUAAGCUUGUUCACAUUAUAUGCUCUAUUUUAGAGGCAUAAAAUACCUUAAUUUCUUUAGUUUUAUGUAUGUUUGUUGAGAUUUUGUGGACUCUUUGAAGUACAAGCUACUCAAAAAACCAUUUGGCAGGUGGGCUGUUUGACAUUGCAUGCGUGCUAAUGAUGCAUCAGAGGGAACAACUGAAUUUUGCGUCUAUUGUUCUGAAGAAGACCUUGUAUUAGAUUAAUACCAUGGUUUUCACAGCUCUGAACUAAACCCAUUUUUUCCCAGUGUUUUAAUCACCUCUUAAAGUUUAGGAUUGCUAUCUUACUAGUCAGUAUAAAGAUGAUACCUUUCUUUGUGACAGCUAAAGUAGUCAGUUGAAUGUUUCUUUUGUUUCUUUUUUUAGUAGCUUCUAAAAUUUCUGACACUAAGUCUUUGUUCUAAUAUAGAUUUGUACUAGAUAGAUUGUGUUUAGAUGGUCUUAAAUCAUAAUUUAUUAAUAUAGAAUAUUUUAGAAUAAUUAUCCCUGUUAUAUUUGAAAUUAAACAUUAGUAGGUAAAUAUUAAAGCAAUCAGUACACAUUUUGAAUUUAUCACUGUUGGAUAUUCUAAUGUAUUAUUUGCCUAGUCUUCAAGAAAUGUUCAAGAAAACAUUGAAGUAUAGCCAUCCAUUAAUUAAUCGCUUAAUGGAUCCAGACGCUCAAAAAGGUAAAUCUGUUUUUUUCUUUAUGUAACGUGAUCCAUCUAUUCUACAACAAAAAAUAGAAUAUAAAAUCUUACCCUUGCAGUGUUCAUUAAUGUCUUAAAGGGAACUAGGUAUUUUAUCAACUGCAUUUUAUAUCUUGUGUUUGCUAAUCUGCAAAUAUCUCUAAUAAUGCUUAGUAUUACUGCUGUAAUACCUAUAGUCCUGAUGGUAGGUCAGUGCUAAAUUUGACAGACUAUAAAUUGCACACAUAGACUGAGGGAUUACUUAGGGUUUGUUUUUGCUUUUCAAUCUGCAAAAGUGGAAUGCAUUUUUUGCCCAAGUGCUUGAUUGCAACUUCUAGGUUACUUCAUUUCAGAUAAGAAGAUUGUAAGAGAGAUAAAGAUAGUUUUAUGUAAAACUACAAGUUUUCACUAAUGUUUAGAGAAAAGAUGUAUCUAGACUACAAAAACAUUUAGAGCCUUUGUUAAUGAUCUCUGAUGUAUUCAUUAGAGGCAAAUACAUAAUGUCAUUUGACCUCUAGAUGCAAGGAGAAUCUGAAGUUUGAAUUCUACUACCAGUGUGGUUGUUUGAAAUGGAUUCACCGUUUUUACUAGUACCAGUUGCUGUUGAGUUGAUUUUGACUUAUGGUGAGCCCACGUGUGUCGGAGUAGAGCUGUGCUCCAUGGGGUUUUCAACGGCUGAUUUCUUAGAAGUAGAUAGCCAGGCCUUUUUUCCGAGGCACCUCUGAGUUGGGGCGGACCUCCAACCUUUUGGUUAGCAGCAGAGCAUAUUAACCAUUUGUGCCACCCAGGGACUUCAGUGUUUUACAUAGCCUUCAAUAUCAAGUGCAACUUUGCAUAGAUUACUUAAUAACUGUCUGCACUGUCUUGAGAUAAAAAGUGUGCAGACGUAACACUUUUGACUUAGAAUAAUAGAAAGAUUACCAUGUUUUUGUAGAACAGCUGUAAUACAAAUUUAAUUAUCUUGAUUUCUUUCUUUCCUUAUCUACACACACUGUAGAUCUUUUCUAAGAACUAUAAUUCUGUGUUUUCCUUUUAGGAGGUAACAGGUGGCUUCUACCUAGGUGAGCAUAUCUUUAGGCCAAGAUAGCUGGGUGCGUGCCCAGUGUUGGCAGCUUAUGUGGCUUAAACAUGAGUGGUUUUACUGUAGUGAUUUUUGCAAACCUAAACAUUGAAAGUCAUAAUCACUUAGAGAAUUCAACCAUUUAGAAGAUUGGAAUGAAGAUGCAAUUUCUGUGGGGUUUAUGAAUAAAAGUACAUCAUUAUCAUUACCAUUAGUAACUAUUCUUGGUUUCAACUGUGCGCACAAUAAUUUGGCAAAUUACAAAGGAAAUGGAAGAAGUUCAAGGUAAGGUUGAGACAGAAUUAGUAUUAAAAUAUUUUACAACAUGAACAAACACAUCCCAUAAUCAUCUAUAUAGCUAAUUAAAGCUUUGAAAAUACGUUCGUAAGUACAGUGCUAAGGGGAUUAAGUGUGUUAUUGGAGCACAGUCAGAUAGCAUUUUGCUGGAAAGGCUUCCACUAGCUAGAGGAACACUCAGUUCUCAAGUACUAAGGGAUAUUGACUUUUCCUCUCUUAUCUCUUUUAUACUUAGCAUCUUGCUCUUGGAAGGGGCAGAGCAAACCCAUAGCCCAGAUCUCAUAUUGCAUUACUGGCAUAAAGAUCCAAGAAUCAUAGGAUCACGUAUUUAUAUACAGAUUAAAGUUAGGACUAUGGUGGAUGCUAAAA